CCCGCCCCCCAGCCCCGCCCGGCCCAGGUGGAGGCGGCGGCGCUGCCGCGGGACCGGCCCCGGCACCGGGAGUGGCACCGGGGGCAGGAGCGGAGCGAGGAGGAAUUCAGCCGUGUCCCAGAGCUCCCGUGUGUGAAGGACAGAAGCAGAGGAAGGCUGCUGUGCGUGUUUGGCAUCACUGCACAGGAUCCCUGUCACUCUUAUGAGCCUGCCAGCCACCCCCAGCCGGAGAUGUCAGCCGGGGACAAGAACGGGGGCAGCCGCUCCAGCAGCAGCAGCCGCCUGCAGAGCAAGAAGCCGCCCAACCUGUCCAUUGUCAUCCCGCCCCGCGAGGCCGAGGAGGAUGGCGCCCGCAAGGAGCCCCCCAAGGUGCCCGUGUACCGCAAGAGCAAGAGCCUGCAGGAGCCGCGCCCGGAGCGCCGGCCCGGCUUCCGCCGGCAGACGUCCCUGUCCCAGAGCAUCCGCAAGGGCACGGCGCAGUGGUUUGGUGUCAGCAGUGACUGGGAGGGGAAGCGGCAGCAGUGGCAGCGCAAGAGCCUGCAGCACUGCAGCAUGAGGUACGGCAAGCUGAAGCCCGCCUAUCGCGACAUGGAGCUGCCCAGCCAGGAGGUGCCCUCCUUCCAAGCCACCGAGUCGCCCAAGCCCGCCAAGAUGCCCAAGAUCGUGGACCCGCUGGCCAGGGGCCGUCCCUUCCGCCAUCCCGACGAGACCGACCGUCCCCACACGCCCCACCACGUGCUGCCCCCGCUCACCCCCGGCGUGGUCUCCUUGGCGUCCUUCAACAGCAUCCGCUCGGGCUACGGCCGCCUGCCGCGCAGGAAGAGGGAGUCUGUGGCCCACAUGAGCUUCAAGGCGGCCGCAGCCCUCCUCCGUGGGCGCUCUGUCCUGGAGCCGCUGGCUCCCAAGCAGAGGAGCAAGAGGAGCUUCCUGUACCCCAGCUUCAUGGACGAGGACAUGGUGGAUGCUGCUGAUACCCUGGACUCCUCCUUCUUCAGUAAGAUGGACAUGCACGAUGAGACGUACUCCAUGCCCGAUGACGUCUUUGAGUCACCUCCUCUCUCGGCCACGUACCUACGCAUGCACCAGGUGGCAGAGGAAGCCAGGGUGUCCCCUGAGGUGGAGCAGCCCACCCCGCGGGAGGGUGCCCGGCUGGCCUCGGUGCCGGGCGGCACGGCUCCGCGGCGGGGCAGGCGAAUCGCCUCCAAGGUGAAGCACUUCGCCUUCGACCGCAAGAAACGCUACUACGGGCUGGGUGUGGUGGGCAAGUGGCUGAACAGGACCUACCGGCGCAGCCUGAGCAGCAUCGUGCAGUCCCAGCUGGAGAUCACCGACAGCCACCGGCCGUAUUUCACAUACUGGAUCACCUUUGUGCACAUUCUCAUCACUCUGCUGGUCAUCGGCACCUACGGCAUCGCCCCCAUUGGCUUCGCCCAGCACGUGACGACAGAGUUAGUGCUGAGGAACAAGGGUGUCUAUGAGAGUGUCAAGUACAUCCAGCAGGAAAACUUCUGGAUUGGGCCCAGCUCGAUCGACCUGAUCCACCUGGGAGCCAAGUUCUCCCCGUGCAUCCGGAAGGACCGGCAGGUGGAGCGGCUCAUCCAGCGCGAGCGGGACCGGGAGCGGGGCUCCGGCUGCUGCGUGCAGAACGACAACUCCGGCUGCAUCCAGACCCUGCCCCAGGACUGCUCGGAGACACUGGCAACAUUCAUCAAGUGGCCGGGCAGCAACGCACCAGCCAUGGGCUCGGGAGAGAAGAGGACCUCGGGGGCUGUGUGUCACCAGGACCCCAGGACGUGUGAGGAGCCUGCGUCCAACCCACCCCAUGUGUGGCCAGACGACAUCACCAAGUGGCCGAUCUGCACCUACGAGACCAAAACCAACCACACGGGCUUGGCCCACCUGGACUGCGAGAUCAAGGGCAGGCCCUGCUGCAUCGGCACCAAGGGCAGCUGCGAGAUCACCACGCGGGAGUACUGCGACUUCAUGCACGGCUACUUCCACGAGGAGGCAACGCUCUGCUCGCAGGUGCACUGCCUGGAUGAGGUCUGUGGGCUCCUGCCCUUCCUGAACCCAGAGGUCCCUGACCAGUUCUACCGCCUGUGGCUGUCCCUGUUCCUGCACGCUGGCAUCAUCCACUGCCUGGUGUCGGUGACGUUCCAGAUGACAGUGCUGCGGGACCUGGAGAAGCUGGCAGGCUGGCACCGCAUCUCCAUCAUCUUCAUCCUCAGUGGCAUCACGGGCAACCUGGCCAGUGCCAUCUUCCUACCCUACAGGGCAGAGGUGGGCCCUGCCGGCUCCCAGUUUGGCUUGCUGGCCUGCCUCUUCGUGGAGCUCUUCCAAAGCUGGCAAGUGCUGGAGAAACCCUGGAAAGCCUUCCUCAACCUCUUUGGCAUCGUCCUCUUCCUCUUCAUCUGUGGCCUCUUGCCCUGGAUCGACAACAUUGCCCACCUGUUUGGUUUCCUGAGCGGGCUCCUGCUGUCCUUCGCCUUCCUGCCCUACAUCACCUUCGGCACGGUGGACAAGCUGCGCAAGCGCGCCAUGAUCAUCGUGUCCCUGCUGGUCUUCCUGGGGCUCUUUGCCUCGCUGGUGGUGUGGCUCUACGUGUACCCCGUGAACUGGCGCUGGGUGGAGUACCUGACCUGCCUGCCCUUCACCAGCAAGUUCUGCGAGAAGUACGAGCUGGAGCAGGUCCUGCACUGACCCUGCUGCACGGCCCGUGUUCCCGUGGGGUGGGUGCUCCCCAGCCUGUGGGAGAUGGUGGUGGCUGCUCCAGGAUGGGGCAGACUCUGGGCAUGGCU